GUGUUCCGUUGAAUGAAUGGUCUUACAAGCAAGAGGUGAGCCCAGCCCCUCCGAUCCCACAGGAGAAAGCUGCGAGCCCCGCUGCACCUGGAUGGCGUCAAGGGAUGACGGUUCCAGAUUGGGCAUACAAGGCCGAGAGCUCGCCUGGAAGUAGACAGAUCCAGCUUUGGCAUUUUAUCUUAGAGUUGCUACAGAAGGAGGAGUACCGUGAGGUGAUCGCCUGGCAGGGAGAGUACGGCGAAUUCAUCAUCAAGGACCCCGACGAAUUGGCCCGACUCUGGGGAAUGAGGAAGUGCAAGCCGCAUAUGAACUACGAUAAACUAAGUCGAGCUCUUAGAUAUUACUACAACAAACGAAUCCUGCAUAAAACUAAGGGGAAACGUUUUACGUACAAGUUUAACUUCAACAAACUUGUCCUUGUUAAUUACCCAGCAGCUGAUGUCAAGUUUCUUUCCCAGUAUGCACCACCAGCUUCGGCGCCGCCAUAUUGUGUCACAUCGCCUGAUGACGUCUUCAAUAAUGCGCAGAAUAACGCGCAACCUCCGCGUAUCAUUCCGCAAGAUAGGCGCACACGUCGCAGUGUAUCAGAAUCGAGUAGUGAAUCUCUGGAGUCUUCGGAGACGGACGAUAUUCAUAAACAGUCGAGGGAGCGUUCGCAUAGCGUGGGUGAUGUGGAAAUUAAGCCACUCGUACGGCAGAAUCGUGAAAUUCCGAAUCAUAUGCCUGCUCCGCAAAUACCAAUGACAGAACUUAAACAGCCACCUGUACCUCUUCACGGUGUCCCCGUCCCUUCCAUACCUUUUCAAGCAUACCGACCAACGUUUCUUUCACAUUCUUUACCCGCUAGUCCAUGUUACAUGUCUCCCAUGGCCAGCCCUCAAGUUACUAUGAGUCCGUUGUAUUUAUCCUCUUUACCUCAUGGGGCACCACGGUUUAAUUAUUCAUCGGAUACGAUCGCUGCACGUUUAGAGUACGAUCGCUUGGCACACAUCCGCGCUAGCGAAAUACCUCGACCAAUGCCGAAUGUUGUACACCCGUCGCCAGGAACUGUUUGGCGGACGCAUACAGAGAAUGAAUCGCGCUUCCGCUCCAUAGAGUUACGAGAAAAAUCUCCUGAAAAGCCAGUGCAAAUACCUGAUAGGCCAGUAAAAUCCCAGCUGUACCAACGAAGAAUGUCAACGCAAAAAAGCAUUCCAGCAUCGCAAGGUUCAGCCCCAUCAGAUGAUAAUUGCUUUACAGGAGAUUCAAUCGAACAGCCAAUUAUAGAAGUGACUGGGCCAAAGGAAGAAAGUAAUGCAGAAGAGGAAGAAAAGAAAGAAGAUAGCGAAGUAGUGAGGACCGCUACUCAAGAUCUAGAAAGAAAUUUACUGCGUAAUUCACUGAAUAGUAGCAUGGAAAUACCGAAAUCGGCCACACUUCCAAUGCCGCGGAGGUUUAACAUUCCGGAGCAUAUGGAAGUGCCUAAAUCAGCGAACGAAGUUGACCUGAUGCGCAAAGAAGCCGAUAAGAAUAUACCUAUAAAGUUACGAGUGAAAAGAAAGUGGAAUCGCGACAAUAGUAGACCUCCUUCGUUCCAUGAAGCAGAUACCAAGUCGCCGAAACUCACUCCAAACGACCUUACAUCCUCUCACUCGUUACCCUGUACGCCUACUCAAAAGGCCACUCGAGUGUCUUCGGGUACGGUCUUCCAAUUUCCGCCAGUUGCAGAAGAUCCAAUACACGGCGACGCUAUGCGCCGCUUUCGUGAGACAUUCUUCGAUACUGAUAAUAAGGUGAACUCGCCAGGAAAUGGACUUUUACGAAGCGCACUCUCAAAUAGUUCUCUGGAACGUUUAGAAGCAGUUUGUAGAAGUCAAAAUAGUUAUGACUUAAAGAGGUCACGUACGCCCUCUCCCGUUAAAAAUUCUACAGACGACGAUACUGGUAAACUUUGACUUAAGUCUAAAAACGAGUAAAAUCUUAGUAGCAUUAAUGCAAAGUUUAUAAAAUGUGUAUCAAUUUUCUUUAAAAUUCUGUUUUUACUACCGUAUAUUCAGCUACGAAACCACAUUGGUAUAUUAGCAAUGUGAAAAUCGUGUGUAAGCCGAUUUCUAUAUAUUGUAUUAUAUUAAAACUCAAAUUGAUAACAUAAACUGUUUUAUAUGCGCGAUAAGGCAAAUAAAUUGAUAAUUAUUUUGUAUAACUGAUGCUCAUAAAUUCCUAAAUCGGUUUUAUAAACUGGGUUAGGAGUGUCUUUAAGUUGUCAAUGCUAUACACUGUUCAUUAUCUUCAUUCGAAGAUAUUAUCCGAUUAAAUUACCGUACUGAGUCUACUUACCGGCAUGUAAGCAGUUUGACGUGUAAUAAUAGGCCUAACUAAUACCAUGUAUCUAAUUCUGUGUAAAAAAAGAUGCUCAUUCAAGAAAAUUUGGAGUUGCAUCCACUAUGCCUAUGCUCUGCGAAUUGCUUCCCAGACGUAAGCUGUAUUUACAUCGAAUCCGAAAAUUCGGACCGCGUUUUCAAUGCGCUGAGAGCGACGCGUUCCAUCAGUCAAAUUAUUGGAGCGUAUACCCUUUUGAAACCGCGGCACUCGUUCACAUCACUAUUCUGAUACCGAUUCGAUUUUCUGAUCGGUUCCUCGGUGGGCUUUCCGAUCCGAAAAUUCGGACUUGUGUGAAUGCACCUUUACUUGAAGAAAAAAAAUGUAUUAUAGCUGAAUAGUGAAUUUUAAUUGCGUUGAAGAUUUCAUAGGCCUACGUAAACUGCUUAUUUAGAGAUAUUUUUAAAAUAUUGUAUUCAGUACUCCAAUUUCCACUGUCUCUGUGACUUAAUAGCUGUUUAGAGAAUCUGGCUUUGGCUGACUUUAGUAUUUAUCUUUCAAAAUCUCGUUACCAGCUAUCGGGAUAAUCCUGAAUUUAUCCAGGAUCAAUAAAAAUGCGCUGUAAAACAAACUUACGACUAAAUACGUUUUCAGUAAAGCAUUCAGUGUACAACCUUGAUGUUGCAUCUCUAUGAUAUAAUGUUUGUUUAGUGUGUGCUUGCCCGCUGUAUGUGAAUAAUGUUAUGUGUAAAACCGACCGAUUGACGUCACACAGUUCAUGACGUCAUACAGUUAUUAAAAUGCGAUUGGUCACAAACUAGAUUCGUGUUUUUAUGUAUAAUUUUAAAAUAAUAUGGGAUAUUCGAUACUGUAGAAAUCCAAAUCAUAGAUCAUGUAAUAUGUUAGCUUGUACGAAUGUUACACUUUUUCAAACUAAUUCAAAAAGGAGAUGUUCAUACAAGCAAAAAUCACACAGUACAAAUAUUUUUUCUCGAUAUUAAACUUGGUAUUGGGAACACUAUAUAUUUAUAUGAAGAAUAUUUAGAAAUCUUUAUAUUAUUCUGUAGGAAAGGAAACACUUAAAACACUUACAUGUUAAACUGGGUAUUUUUCGGUAUGGAAUUUGUAUGUCCUGCUGUUAUUAACAUACAAUUGAUAUAAAACCGCAAGUAAUAAUGUAACAAAACUAUAUAAUCAAA